UCCGAUGUUUAAACUGGAAAGGUUGCUCCAACCCUCCUCAAGCACGAACAACGUUAGUUUUUCACCGUGGCGAGAAACCGAAACGACGGCACGAAUCACCCUGGUUGGACGAUAGCCGCGAGCUUCUCUUCUCAAUUGUUUCUCUGCAAGCUUCAAUGGCGGAAAGCCACGCCAAAGUCCAAAAGGUUGGGGGAGGACGCUUAUGCUGCAUCUGCAACGAAAGGAGAGCUGCCCUCAAAAGGCCUAAAACCCUAGAGCAGAUAUGUAGGGAGUGUUUCUUUGCUGUUUUCGAGGAGGAGAUCCACCAAGUAAUCGUGGAAAACCAGCUGUUCAAUCCUGGGGAGCGAAUUGCAAUAGGUGCAUCUGGCGGUAAAGAUUCCACUGUCCUAGCCUAUGUGUUGUCAGAGUUAAACAGGAGACAUGACUAUCGAUUGGAUCUCUUCCUCUUGUCGGUUGAUGAAGGAAUUACUGGGUACAGGGACGAUUCACUUGAAACUGUAAAAAGAAACGAAAUCCAGUAUGGACUACCACUGAAAAUUGUUUCAUACAAAGAUUUGUAUGGAUGGACAAUGGAUGAAAUAGUAAAGAUUAUCGGAUUAAAGAAUAAUUGCACAUUUUGUGGGGUCUUCCGCCGCCAGGCUCUUGACCGAGGCGCCUCACUGCUGAAAGUAGACAAGCUUGUUACUGGACAUAAUGCUGAUGAUAUUGCUGAAACAGUUCUUUUGAAUAUUUUACGAGGUGAUAUUGCCCGAUUGAGCAGGUGUACUGCGAUUACAACUGGUGAAGAUGGACCAAUUCCUAGGUGCAAACCUUUUAAGUACACGUAUGAGAAAGAGAUCGUCAUGUAUGCAUAUUUCAAGAGGCUGGAUUAUUUCUCGACUGAAUGCAUCUAUUCUCCUAAUGCAUAUCGGGGUUUUGCUCGUGAGUUUAUUAAGGACCUGGAAAGAAUAAGACCUAGAGCCAUACUCGACAUUAUAAAAUCAGGUGAAAAUUUCAGAAUAGCUACUUCGACGAAAAUGCCAGAGCAGGGGACGUGUGAACGAUGUGGUUACAUUUCGAGCCAGAAAUGGUGUAAAGCCUGUGUUUUGCUGGAAGGACUGAACAGGGGGUUGCCAAAACUAGGAAUAGGGCGGACUCGAGUCUUGGAUAAGGAUCAAAAGAAGGAUCUCAAGCAGAGUAUUGGGACGAAGAGCAUAGCAAGUAAACAGUGUGGGUCGUUGGAUUUUUGAACUAGAUCUGCCAAGUAGCAGCUUGUGGCUGAUGUGUUGGAGUCUCGUUACCUGCACAUAUCAGCUCAAUGCUACCUCACAUUUGCAACAUUGUUAAUACCCAUUACUGGUUGAGGAGCUGAUCUCUGCACUCAUUGCUACUGACGAGUUAUUCUGCCUAUAGAGAGUUUACAGUAGCACUUUGACUGGGAAGAGAAUGAAGCUAACAUCAUCAGCAAUCCAUGCAGCACCUGAUAUUCUGAUAACGCUGCGUACGGAAGCUAUCGCGUCAUAUGUCGAGAUCUAGCUAGUUCACUUUGUACUGUCUACUAAUCAUUAGUGACUACU